CACUUCCUGCUUUCACCGCAGAGGAGAUGUGGGACUGAGCGAAAACAAAAUGCGAUAGUUUAACUUCACUGAUGAGCUGGGGUCAAUGACAGCGUUAACAACGCUACUCGGCAUAAUUCACCGACCUCUUAUUUAAAUGUUAUAUCUGUUAACCUAAGGCGUGUGGCAUUAAUAUAACAUUAAGCAUGCAGUUUCCUCCCACCAAUGGAGACUUUACGUUCGUGUCUUCGACAGAGGCUGAAGAGCUCAGCGGCACCAUCAGUGCUCCGGACGUUAAGCUGAACCUGGGCAGUGACAACGGUAAAGACCCGUACGCCACCACCUUCCUGAGGCAGCGAGGCUACGGCUGGCUGCUGGAGGUGGAGGAGGAUGAGAGUGAAGAGAGCAAACCUCUGCUGGAGGAGCUGGACAUUGACCUGAAGGACAUCUACUACAAGAUCCGCUGUGUGCUGAUGCCCAUGCCGUCCCUGGGAUUCAACCGGCAAGUGGUUAGGGACAACCCGGACUUCUGGGGCCCUCUGGCCGUGGUGCUGCUCUUCUCCAUGAUCUCCAUCUAUGGACAGUUCAGGGUCGUGUCUUGGAUCAUCACCAUCUGGAUAUUUGGCUCACUAACAAUCUUCCUGCUGGCUCGUGUUCUGGGUGGUGAGGUUUCCUUCGGCCAGGUUCUUGGCGUGAUCGGAUAUUCCCUUCUGCCUCUCAUCGUUAUCGCUCCUCCACUUUUGGUGAUUGGAGGGUUUGAGAUGGGUUCUACACUAAUCAAAGUGAGUCAAACGUGCAAAAUGAAUGUUCUUAGGCUUGGGCGGUAUUACGGUAUACCAGGGUAUUUCGAAAUACCGUCGGUAUGAUUUUCAAU